AUGCGCGCAAACAUUCCGAACAUUGAGGCGACGGUACCCAGCUUGAGAUCCAACGAAUGCAAUUGGCAUACUUUAGCUAUCAACAUAUCGGCCUUGCACAGCGCGGGCGUCGUCCUUGACUGGAACACAUGGUACCAACCCUUUGAGUCAGAGCUACGCCUGCUAAAUCUGCCUCCAUACCAAUGGCAUCUGAAGAAUCAUUGGAUUCAACAUAACGGGGAUUGGCUCUUGCUGAAGGAUAAACAGUCCAGGGCUGAAAACGAGAGCUUUCCAAUCCCUGCUCCCCCAUCCUUGCGCACCCCUCUCGUGCACCAGAUACUGGAAGAAUCAUUCGGGGAAGACGGUGGGAGCAUUGUCAUCCAAUCAGAUGUGACUGACGAUGAUAUCUUUGCUGUUGCUGCAGGACACAGAAUGAGUGGUCGGCCACUCCUCUCGGCAUUCGCUUACACUGACAUCGCUGUGGCUAUGGCGAGAUAUAUCUGCUCCAGACUACAACCAGGAACACAGCUCUCAACCCUGAAAUUUGGCAAAGUCCAGCUUUUCCAGGGCUUAAUAUCCCGGAAGGAUAGGUCUCAGCCUCAGUACGUGCGAAUGCGCAUGCAAGCAGAUCGCAUGUGCUCUUCGAUGCGUCUGUCAUUGCAUCGAGCUCUUGACGCUAACUCAAGCGAGGAGGAACUGGCCACCGGUGUGGUGACGUGCGGAGACCCCCGAUCAUGGCGAGACGAAUGGACUGCUUAUUCGCAUCUCCUGACAAGCCGGAUUGAAGCGCUGCAUCAGCUAGCAGAUCAAGGGUUAGCAAGCCGCGUGUCCAAGGACUUGGUGUACACACUCUUCAAGAACGUCGUCGACUACGGCGAACAUUACCGUGGCAUCCAAACUGUUGUCAUGUACGGCCUAGAAGCAGUUGCGGAUGUCAUUUUGUCCCCCAGCCAAGAUAGCCGGUGGACGACACCUCCUCAUCACAUCGACCCCAUUAUACAUGUCGGGGAUCUUAUUCUGAACGCCGGGCCAGCCACAGACCCCACCAGCACAAUCUAUGUCAUGGACGGCUGGGAAUCCAUGCGAUUCUCCGAUCCCUUGGCGGCAGGCGUGUUGCACCGCUCGUACGUUAAGAUGAAUCCUGCCAACGAUAAUUCUGGAUGUUAUUCCGGCGACGUGUAUAUCUUGCACCGGGACCGUGUGAUCGGAAGGGUUCACAAGAUGGCGCUUCGCCCAUUGCCUCGCAUUCUCAUGAGUCGGUUCUUCGACCCCCCAGACGGCCGGUAUGGGCAAACGGUUCAGCAAUAUCCUUCUACUGCCGUCCCUUCAACAUCGCAACACACGAAUUCAACCACGACUACAGAGCCCACUCCGUCGCAGCAAGACGAUUCAGAGAACACAUCGCUCGUUACCCCUGAGACUGAACCCAACCCUCCAAUAUCGGUACCCUGGCCUAAAGCCAACAGUCAGCUUGUCCGUGACGCUAUAGCUCUCAUUGCGUCUGAGACCGGGGUAGAGUUGGAUGUCCUGAUAGACGAAACAGAAUUUUCUGCUGUUGGGGUCGAUUCACUUCUGUCACUGGUUCUGGUAGAGAAAUUUGCUCUUGAGCUAAACGUUGAUCUGAAAGGUUCUUUUUUCCUGGAAACUCCGACCGUUGGUGAUCUGAAGACCCAUCUUGAGACUAGCCAGAUGACUGUGCGCUGA